AUGGGGACGUCAAAGACGCGUUCGGUCUCCAUCACUCUAGCCUUUUCGUCAAUAGUUCUCUCCAUUGUUUGUUUCGUGGCACUGGUUCAGGUUGAGGUCGAACUUCACGCUCAUCGAAAAAUGCUUCAAGUCCUGACUCACCACAGAGAAGGAAAUGUUGCGCCAAGCCAAACUGGAAAUAACGAGCUGAUUGCUUUCCCGCCACACGGCUACUCAAAUAAAGGUGAGUGCCAGGUUUCUUACGUUGGUUGCUGAAUGAAUCCCCACUUAAACGGCAAGAUAACAUGUUUACUGAAUUUACAAAGGUGAAAAGUAGAACUGAACAACACCGCGAAGCGGGAAUAAAGCAGCUUAUGUGCGGCUUAAUUCCGUAAUGAGCGAGUUUAGUUAUAAAUACUGGACAAAAAUCAGAGCAGCGGCAUCUUAUAUAAAUAAUGUGAAACUAUACUUUAACAGUCAUAUACCGAAGCUGUGUACAUAAAAACUUUAACAUGUUUUUUAUUUUUGAUGUGAAUAAGGCAUUAAAAUNGGGGGGGGGGGGGGGGGGGACGAGAAAAAUAGAGGGACUGUAAUAACAUCACUGCAGCUGGCGUUCACGGAGCGCGUUGUACCAGCAACGCGGGCGUUUGAUUGGUCGUUAGACAAUGAAUGUUAAUUUGCGUUGACAACGGGUUUAGUUUAAGUUGCCGACACUGACAAGUCGUUGACAAGUCGACGUUUCCAUAAAACGUACGCUUCCAUACCAUAAGGCACAUCCUGCGCAAACACACGAAGGAUUUUUGAUAUUUUGAUUAGAAAAAUGUUUUCUUGAGUAUGUUUGCUGAUUUUAUUUCGAGGAAUGGCCUAGAAACAUUAUAAAAUCACUGUUUCGAAAGGAGAUAUUUGUAAACACGCGUAAUCAAUACUAAAUGUGUCUGGCUUGUUUUUCAUCACCAGCGGAGUUUCUUAAUUAAUGAAUGGUAAAAGGCGUGAAAUUCCUGUCACGCCCUCUGAACGCGAGCUGCAGUGAUGUUAUUACAGUCCCUCUAUUUUUCUCGCCUCCUCCUAAACCGCCCCCGCCCCCUAAGUAGUUCUGACACUCAUCCAAGAUGGCAGCCCGUAACGCAAAGCGCUCAAUCUCGAUGAUCUUCCGGAAAAAUAGAGGACUGUGAACGGUCUAAGGGCAUAAUAUUCUUUCUAUUUCAAAAUACGCAAAAAUUGGAUGUUUAAUAUUACAUUAUCGAGAGGGAAGUUUCAGCUGUGGGGGUAGCACGUGCUAUAGUGAAACUUUCCUCUUUAGCUAAAAUGCUGACAGGAAGUGAAAGAAGAGAUGAUAGAGGCGUUCGGCUACAUGAGGUCACAGGGUAUGGUAUAUUUCCUUACACCAGCAAGAGACUCGUCCACACGUAUCCUAAUAUUUUUGAAAACGGAGAUUUUUUCUUUACUUGAAUAAAAAAAAGAGUCCAGAGGUAGUGUAAUGGAUCGUUUUUCGCCAGUCCAAACGAAAGUCCAAAUACGAUAGCAACGCUGAUAGGGCAUGCGCUGUAUGACGUAGGAUGUACAUCAUGGCAUUUAUUUGAAAACCUCCGUUUUCUCUUCUUUUCUUCCGUCAACACGUCGUCGCGACAACAACAGAUGUGUAACAUUACGUCCGCUAUGAUAGCAAAAUAUGUAGCCGCAACACGUGGUAGUUUUGUACAGAAAAACCUCCCCUUUGUCUGAAAGAAUAAGGAUAUCUUCUGCCCUGCUACAGGUCGAAAGCCGAGAUGGAGUCAAAAUAUAUGUUACUCUAACCAAAAUUCUUUACAAACCAUUAGUUAUUCAUUAAAAAAGAGAAAAUGGACACGCGCGUUACGCUAUUCCCAGGAUGGACCUGUAUUUGAAAAUAGCAAUACAGUAAUGCACAUAACAAAGAGUGCGGCAGUGAUGCUUCAACUGAAGAAACUGGGAUAAAACCUGCAAAAUAUAUGGAGUGAUAUUUUAACUCACAAGAGAAGAAGGCCAGAAUUCUUCUAAAAUUUGGUUUUAUCACCAAUUGUGUUUAUAAUUUAAUUGCAGAAACGCACGGUCGCUACAAACGCAGCUCAAAAAAUAAAAACAAGAAAUCAAACACAAGUCUAAUUGUCAGUCGUGACGACAUCAAAAGAGAAGUCCAGCUGGCCCUGAGUAGCCUGGCCUGUAAGGUAAACUGUCCGAGAGGAAUAAGGGGAAGACGAGGAAGGCCUGGUGCCCCAGGUAAGCAUGGUCCUCCCGGACCGCGUGGACCCCAAGGACCUAAAGGAAAGAAAGGUACUCAAGGAGAUCAGGGGCCUCCUGGACCUAAAGGCGAUCAGGGCCCUCAAGGACCCAAGGGCGAUCCUGGUGAAUCCAUCUCAGCUCCUUCUAUUGUGUCACCUCCAGUGCCUAUGGUUGUAAACGAAACUGGUAUAGCCACAUUGCAGUGUGAGGUUAAAGGAAAUCCACAACCACAGGUCACGUGGCUGAAACAAAACUCCAGUCUUCUCUCCGAUAAACGAAUCGUCGAAUCACGUGGUGGAUUAAUUAUUAGAGAUGUGACGUCACAAGAUGGCGGACUCUACACUUGUAAGGCAAGAAAUAUACUUGGCGUUAUUACAUCAUCCGCAGCGUUAACUGUGCAAGGUACAUGAAAAAGCCUACUUAGCUUUAACUUGUCUUAAUUCAAUUAUUUAUAAGCCUGUCGUAUGUGCGUGUUAUCAAAGGUUAAAAUCAUGCUAAAAAUUAGUUUAUUACGAGUAAAUACAUUGACUUCUGGCAAAAGCAUCUUAACAAAGAGAGCGCAGGUCGGCAACAAAAAAAAAGCUGGCUUAAUUCUUCGUUGUGUAGUUAAUUAAAUGCAUUGAAAUUUUUUGAAUAUUUUAACAUAAUAAAUUGUUCACAAACUGUCUCUGCAAGUGCCAGGGGGGCCCCAUGCAACGACAAUUUUCGGAAAAUAUCUGUUCGGAAGACGAUUCGAGAUCUAGAAUUUUCGGAGCAUUUGUUGUAAAAUUUCUUGCUUGCAUGCCUUUCCUAGGAUUUUCGAACAUCUAAAAAAGGGUGUAAUUGCCCAUUUUUAACGGAUUUUUACCUUUAAAAGGCCGCGUAGAAUUUUCAGGAGCCUUUUUUCUGGCUGAAAUUUUCGGAAAGGUAAGUUUUGAUCCCUAUAAUUUUCGGAUUACUAGACUUUCAGCUAGGAAAUCCGAACAGAUGAAAAAUUUUUAGGUGAUAAAAAUAUGCCUAUAUCUACCGUUUAAAUACUAAAAUACGUUUAACAAUGCUAUGUUUAAGUGGUUUUGAACUAUAUUCUCGUUGGGUGCCCCUGAAGUGCGGCUCACACAACGUUAUAUUUCUUUUUCCUUUUCUUGGCAAGCACGCUUUUAAGUGCAUGUAUUCAGGCCAAUAAAGGUAGUGCUAUAUAGCAUGAUAGCAUAUGAAGAAGCUCAAUUUAUAAUUCAAUUCUGACUCUAUAUUACAGGACCGCUUGUUCAAGUCGUUUUGUGUGUUCAGCUUCAACCAAACUUGUCAACAAUAUUGAUUUUUGUUUCGAACUUGCUGAAGACUAUUUUUAAAGGGCGAAAAUUUAUUGCGCAAAACAGCUUGUCUCAUUCACUGUUUUCUUGUAGUAUCAUUCAAACACCAAUGACCGGCCCUGAAAGAUCUCUGCUGUUCGACUAAGUAUUUAGGGAGGACAUCAGAAUUGAUGAAGAGUGCAGUUUUAUGGAGACAACUUACAAAACCUGGUUCAGGUUUGUACAUAACCAACGACACUAAAGCUUCCUGAUUUAGGGCGUUUUUUAAGCGUGUUUUUAGUCAAACAAAAAUCUUAAGGGCAUUCAUUUUAUCUAAAGAAAAUCGAAUGAACUGCCGAGCUUGAAUUCAGAGAUACGAUACAUACUUGGCGUCAACUCAACUCGAAUUACAUUAUCCUUCUUCUUUUUUCCAGUUGGUGCCAAGAUCACUCAUAAACCCUUCUCUAUCAUCGUCGAAGAAGGGCAAAACGCGAUCCUACAGUGUAAAGCUAGUGGUCGGCCGACUCCCAAAAUCACGUGGCGAAGAGCAUUGAGUCACUUGCCCAAAGGGAAGACAAGAGUGGUUGAUGGGAAUCUGACCAUAGUGGGUGUGGCUAAAUCAGAUAGCGGGGCUUACGAAUGUUCAGCAAAGAAUCUCCUGCGUCAGGAAACUGCUGCCGCCAUAUUGAUGGUGAUUGAAAGACUUAGAUUUACCAUUUCCCCUCCACUGAAAAUUACAGCUAAGAAAUCCAGCAAUUUGAUGCUGAACUGUAAAGCUCAAGGUUCAACAGUGAUCAUUUGGAAAAGAGUGGGAAAUCUUCUACCGGGAAACCAUGUAAUUCAUCGCAACGGAAGUUUACUUUUACGCAACAUUAAUUCACAAGAUGCAGGUUCAUAUACUUGCGUAGCAAAAAACGCUCAGCGUUCUAUACAGGCAACAUCUGUUGUUGAAGUGCAUAUACGUAAG